CAUUCAUUCAUAUUUUAUACUUCCACAAACAGUUCCAAAUCAACAGAGUGGGUUUUCAAUAACAUUUUAAACGCAAGUGUGUAGCAAAAAACUGCUCAGCUUGGUACUUUUCGUAGCAAACGACUCGGUGUUUCAGAUGAGUCGUGUUGUAGUAGACAAACGCAACGGAAUGUCAACGAUAUAGCUUCCGCAAGUUUUUCUGGAGGAAGAAUGGACUGCAACUCAUAAAUCAUUAUUUGGUUUUGUGGGUGGAAAAAGGGGGAAGUGUAACGCGCCCUUGCAGGAUUCUGCAGUUACCUUCAAAAAGUAAAAGUGAAUCUGGGCCAACAGCAGCGGGGACGACAAGUUCAACAAAAGCGCUGAAGUUGUGAAAAUAGUUCUUUUUUCCAGCGGCGACAAUGCUCGCAAAAUGGUGCCCGAGAGGGUUGGCUCUGAUAUUUCUGGUGGUGAUAGGUGGCCAUCAGUCGUCGGACGGUGCCCAUCUAACGGGGUCGUUUCCUGUAGACGGAUUUUUUCGGUUUUUGAUUAAGUUCGGGUUCCAAAAAACGGAGAAACAUUCCCAAAAGAACACCGAAUCGGACACAUUCGGAUACAUUUACGGGAACAUUACGUCCCAGUGGAAUUUUUCGAUGCCAAUAACGUUAGCCGUACUAGACAAGCACAAUUUUUUAGAGUACUACGCUAACCGGAACAAUUACAAUCGGGAAGUAGCUUGCCAGCGGAUGUUCGAUAAGUUAGAUAAGGUGGCCUUCAACAGCGGAUGCAACAAGGGAGCUGAAGCCGAUUACUUGCGGAGAAUUCCCUGCAAGAAGGGUUCACUCUGUGCGGAUGAAGACAAUCCGACGAAUGUGGUCGCUGGGAGUCAGUUUACUUAUGUGAUUAGCGAUCCCAACGUGCCGAGAUUUUGGUACGUCUCUUUGGUGUCCUGCUAUCAGAAUGCCACCACCUGCCAGUGGCACUAUUACGACUAUCGGAAGUAUCACGCGGACGCGCCGCCACGAAUCGAAUACGACAUCCAGCUCGUCAAUGGAAACCCGAACCGGCAGAGUUUAUCCUUCUUCAAUCCUUUGCUUUUCCACUUUUCGUUCGAUCAGCAAAAUACGCUGGAAAUGUAUUUGAUAUUUUUCGUCAUCUACCUGGUGAUGGUUCCGAUGCAGAUCUACGCGGUUCGGCUGCAGAAACACCCGGUCACGAGACUCUUCACGAUCAGUUUAACUUUGGAGUUUAUCAGCGUGUGCUUGCUGCUAACUCACACCGUUCGUUAUGCGAUGAAUGGUGUGGGGAAUGAGAAGGUGGCCAUCACCGGGGAUAUUUUCGAUAUUUUCAGCAGGACUUCAUUCAUGUUGAUAUUACUACUAUUGGCGAAAGGUUGGGCCGUCACACGGAUGCAGAUUUCCGUCAGCAGCUGGAUCUUGCUGAUGGUUAUUUGGAUUCCUUACUGCGCGAUUCACGUACUUUUGUACAUUUGGAAUAGGACUGAAGUCGACAUUAUAUCCGAUAUCGACGAAUAUCAGACGUGGCCUGGAUGGUUAGUGCUGGCUUGCAGGUCAACUAUGAUGUUGUGGUUUCUGUGGGAACUGCGUACAACGAUGAAGUAUGAACACUCCACACAAAAAUUGGAUUUUUUGCUGCACUUCGGCGCUUCAAGUUUAGUGUGGUUCAUAUAUUUGCCCAUUGUGGCAAUCAUCGCAGUGAAUGUUAGUCCACUUUGGCGAUAUAAGCUGCUGAUGGGAAUAACGAACUCAGCAGACUGUCUUGCUUACUGCGUAAUGAUGGGUCUGUUGUGGCCAAACCGGGCUGGUCAAUAUCUUCUGCUGACGGGUAUCAACUAUGCCGGCAUGGACGAACUGGACGAGUUCAAUGAGGCGCCGCACGUGGUUCACCGGGACUCGGACGUGCUGGGGGUGGACUGCGAUGACGAUUUCGCGGAAAACGACGACGAAAUCGAAACUCUGGUGCUAAGCACGGAUGAUCUACUGAGUAAUGGUGGUGCCAAUCAUCAUCAGCCCCAGGUGGUGAGUAGUGGGGGCAGCAAACCUCUGGUGCUGAACGGGCGCAGUCGGAACAUUCUGUAAGUAUUCAAUUUUAACAACAAUAAUCUGUAUCUUUAUACCUGCGUAAUACGGGAACGACGAAUUUUGUACAUACUAGGUCAAACGAUUUUUAUGGAAUUUUUCAAAACCUGCUAUUAAUAUAUUGAUAAAUAUUGAAUCUUACAAAGAAGCCACGUAAAAGUAUAGGAAAUAAAAAAUCCAAACCAUGUGCCAUACUGAAGAUAAUUAAUUCAUCGCUUGUUGAUAAGUAGGAAGAUAUGGGGCGGAUUAGCGAGCACAAAGCUGUUAGAGCACCCCUUUUGAGACUAGCAGUUACAGAUUGACGGCUGAGUAAUCGAAGACUCCACUAGUUUUUCCUCUAGUUUUGAGCCGGUAGCACGAGCGUUGUGAGAGGCACCUUCCAGUAGUUAAGGCGUGUGAUAUAGAAAGAAAUAUAGCAAUUAACGACAGGCCAAGAAUAAUGAUGUUAUUUGUACAUAGGAUUUAAUGAAAUGUAAAAACAGCAAAUAGUAGGUAAAACUUAAGUAGUGAAACGAACAAGUAUUUCAAUUGAAGCUACGGUUUUGUCAGUGUACGGUCUCUGGAAAAAGAAGAUCACCUCAUGCUUACCUGCUACAUUAGAAUCCCUUCGUUAGUUCCGACUGGAAGGGCCUUUUAGCUGUUGUAACACUAACGAAGUAUAGCACAAUGUGAGAUGCAUUUUUGAACCGGUAGUUACUGAUAAAAAACAGAACAUUAAUUUCAGUUUUACUGUACUCUAGAAUAGAGCAGCGUUUCGUAACCCUUCUUAAUAGUGUUCGGUGUAGCUAAUUUUGAAUUGCAGUUUGGUACUUUUCCUACGCUCUAUUUGUACAAGUUAGCAACUACAUUGAUUGUUUAGCAAGAUCGUGUGACAUAUCUCCAAAAAAUGUUGAAAUUGCUCAGAGAAUAACACUAUUUUUGCGUAAUUUAGAAUUCGAACUUGUUCGAGUUUUCUCUAAAACCUGCAUUCACGCCCAAAUUUUUCUUUGUUUAUUGGAUUUUAGACGUCAUUUCCUUUCCUGCUCAACUAAUUGUUAAAAGUUUUUCGCCAAUCGAAAGAAAAGUGUUCAAUUAGUCUCUAGUCCAACACCAACGUUCUGUUUGCUACGUCAAACUUAUAAAUUAACGAAAAUCGACCGAAAGGAUUAUCUCACAAUCAGCGUGAAAAGAAAGCAAAAUUUUGGAUCUUUCUAUUCGUUGUUUCCCUUAAACCGUGAAUUUUUGUUUUCAUACCUACACGUUACUUUAAAUUUUGGUGGAUAGAUUGCUGACUGAUAUUCAGUUCGGUUGCCAUUUUUCUUGCUGACCGAUCGCAGCCACGACGGAUUCGCUCCCGAACAACCUUAACAAUUUGCGGAGUCCUGACGCAUCGUUUGCUGAUAGUCAGAUUGUAUGAUUAUGCCAUUUUCUAGUAUAUCUUUAAUCUGUUCUUUCACGGUUUGUUUGUGACUAUGUGGGCACCUGUAUGUCUUUGUGUAAUUUCUUUAUAAUAGAAAUGUAUAUAAUUCGCUCAAACUUUCAAGAGUUUUUCCGAGGUCCGCAGGGUCGAACUCGACUCAGCUCGAUGAUUUGGGACAAUGUCUGUGCGUUUUUACGAAGCAGAAAAAAACUUUCAAAAAAGCCCUUACCAGGAAAAAAUGUUGGUAUCUCAGCGAACGGGUUUGGGCUGCCACCCGACCCGCUUAUAAAAGCUGCUCUUGUCCAGAACUCGUAUCAUUCAUCACCACUUACUCGUUGAACUCCCCCCAUACCCAGGUGCUUCAGGGCACGCAUCGAUGAGAUGGAUUGUCCCUCAACGCUGAUCACGAUACGCUGGAUUACGGUUGCUGACCAACACUAUCUCGCUACAAUUUGACGUCAUGCAUAUAGGUUUCCACGAUGCUUAUUGGCUCUGCCGUUAACAUCACCAUCUCCUCAAUGGUUUCGCCCGUUAUCGUCAGGACAAAAUCAUCAUGCAAAGCCGACGAUCUCCACUCUCCUGGGCAGUUCCAGUGUCAACACUCCGUUGUACAUUAUAUUUCAGAGCGUUGGGCCGAGUAUGGAACCCAGAGGUACUCCCGCCGUGACCCUAAUCGAUCUCUGUCCCAUGUUCGUUUUGUAGACCAGUACUUGAUUCUGGAAGUGACUUUUCAGCAGAUAGUCCGGAACCCGCAUUCUGUGCAGCGCUACGGUGAUAGCUCCCCAGCUAGCACUGCUGACCGCGUUCUUCACGUCUAUCGUUACCACGGCGCAGUAGCGAUUACCCCUUCUCUUUUACUUUCAUGCUUUCUCCGCGUUCGCGAUGACUGUGCGGAUGGCGUCCACCGUCGAUAUCCCUUUCCGGAACCCGAACUGCUUUUACGAUAGUCCGUUCUCACUUUCAGCGUAGGUCGUCAGCCUGUUGAGUAUGACCCUUUCCAGAAGUUUAUCAAGAGUAUCCAGCAGGCAUAUAGGUCGAUACGAUGCUGGAUCUCCUGGUGGUUUUCCUGGUUUUGGCAGCAACACCAGCUUCUGUAUCUUCCAUCUAUCCGGGAUAUAGCCUUCGUCCAGGCAUUUCUGUAGGACUAUCCUGAACAUGUUCGGAAAUGCCAGGAUCGCGGUCUUCAGUUCCACGUUGGGGAUACCAUCAGGGAUACCAGAUUUAUUUUUCUAAUACCUUGUCUUCAUUUGUCUUGAAUGACUACGAACAGGAACACUUAGAAAAAUCUACAAGGACAAAAACGUUUUAAUAUAACGCUCUCUAAAUAAACGUAAAUUAUCAGAGUAGAAGUUUCCAGUAAAAAAAUAAACAGGAAUUUUAGGGGUCGUACACAAAUGACGUAGCUUUUUUUCGGCGAUUUUUGACCCCUCCCUCCCCUUCGUAGCAUUUGGUCACAAAAUUCUAACCUCCCCCUCGUAAAAAACGUAGCAUUUACCUACCCCCUCCCCCUCGUCCCAUGCAAAGCGCCCGGGAGAUGAAAAAAAAUUACAUAUGUUUUUCAAUUAUUUUAAAUACAUGUCCUUUCAAAAUGUUUGGCGACUUUUAUCAACAUUUUCAUUAUAAAAGCAAAUUGCGUGCAAAAUAAGCCCAUUUCGUGACAAAUAUAGUGUUGAUAG